CGGUAUCCCAUUACAGGGGAGUAUUUGCUCAUGUGAAUGAUCUCUAUGCUAAGCCAUUCGGUUUUCAUCGAUCAUUGCUUUCGGAACAGUUUCGGGACAGAUUUCAAGUUUGUGUGUGGACUAGUGAUUUCGUUAAUUACCUUGAAACAAAAAUGAAACUGUUUAUUAUUUUAUUGGCGAUGCAAAAUAUAAAUGAAAUAGUUUCGCUCGUGAACUGCGGACUUGAGCCGAGUGCACCGGAUGCCAUCCUCAGGAAGAAAUUGUUGUGUGGACAGUAUGAUAACUCAGAACGCCCAGUUAAAAAAUAUUCCGACCCCGUGAUCGUCAGUAUGCAUUUAGUGUUGCAGAAUUUCGAUAUUGAUGACGAUCGCCAAAAGCUAUUCAUCAACGUUUGGAUUCGCUUGUCGUGGAAGGAUCAAUUCUUGACUUGGGAUCCUAGAGAGCACAAUGGACUGAAGGAUCUCAUGGUUGAUUCCAAGGAUAUUUGGCUACCGGACAUGAUGCCUUAUGCGGCGUACUACAGCAACAAUCUGGAUGUGUCUUGUACGUCUCCCAAGUGCAGCGUGCUUUCCGACGGCGAGGUGAGGUGUAUUCCCGCCUGCGACUACCAUUCGCUCUGUGAGACAGAUUUCCGUAAUUGGCCUUUCGAUCGAAUGAACUGCACGAUUCGCUUUGGAAUGUGGGCGGAAUAUUCAAACGAGGUGGAUUUCACAGCUGAUGGAAUGUCGUUCAUUUCAAACCAAACCAACAGUCACAACGAGUGGCUUAUUGUGGCGACAAAUUUCACAAAGCAUGAAACAGAUACCACUGAUGGUAAUGAUACUACGAAAUAUCCUUCGGUGGUUUACAAUUUCGUUCUGGAGCGACAUUCUGGGGUUCAUUGUGCAAUUAUUCUGACACCAGCUUUUGUUAUGAUAUCCCUCAAUCUUAUUUCGUUAUGGAUCAAUUUCUGUACCAUUGAAAGAUUGAUUAUGCUUUCUAUAAGCGUGUUCAUCCAUUUCCUCUUCAUAGUGAACAUGUAUUGGCAGGUUCCUUACAACGGUUCUACAGUUCCAGUUUUCCUGAUAUUUUUCCGCGACUCGCUGAUCAUUACUGCAAGUCUCCUAAUAUUGACGGUUUUCAUCAAGCAUCUGUAUCUUAGUGGGAAGAAGGUUCCGAUGGUUUUGAGCAGUACUGUAGCAGUCCUUACAGGAAACCAGCUUGGAAAAUGGUUUUUCAACCUGGAGAGCACAACUGGUUUGGAAGUUGAGCCAUUGGAAGAAAAUCGACCGAACGAAGAAUCUCCAGAUGAAUCCACGAGGGACACUGCCAUUCUUGUUGGAGAACAAACGGACGGAAAUGCGGACAAACCUUCAAAAUUGGGUGAUGAAAUGAAGGUCUUUGCUAUGGUUCUCGAUAGAUUGUUGUUUAUAGUCGGUUUAGUGUCCUAUACACUAAUGAUUGUUACUCUUAUUCCAAGAAACUAAUUAAUUUGAUUUAACAUUCGGGCUCUUAACGCCAAGAGUAGAUAAAAUAAAUGAUUGAUAAUAUUAGAUUA